AUGGUUGGCGUUGAUGCGGCUCGGAGGAUUUGCAGAGAAGCAGUGCGAGGCAAAGACAGAUCGGCGUACCUGCUGUCGCAGUACAUGGCAGGGCCGGCGCAAGAUGCAUAUAUCGGCAUGCGAGCGUUCAACAUCGAGACCGCUCGAGCGGCUGAUUCGGCCGUGGAACCGAAAGUUGCUCGAAUAAAACUGGAAUACUGGAAGGCGGCCAUUCAGAAAAUCCACAGCGCCACUCAGCCCGACGUCGAUCCAGCGGUGGUGCUGCUGCACAACGCAAGCCAGGCCGGUGCUUCAGUGGCUCGCAAGUAUCUUUUGACAAUUGUCCAGACCCGCGAGUCGCAGCUAGCCAAAAAGCCCCUGCGAAAUCUCGAGGACAUGGAGAGGUUCGGAGAAGGAGUGUAUUCUCAAUUAAACUACGCUAGUCUGGAUAUUUUGAAUGCAAUGGACCCCGAGACGGCUGAUUACUUUCGCCAAAACCCCCAUCUCGACGAAAAGGCCACUACCGUAGCGGCUCACAUUGGCCAGGCGUCGGGGAUUGCUGUUCUGUUGAAAUCGCUCACCUUCUAUGCUCGAGCCCAGUCCUGGGUAGUUUUGCCGGCUCAAUCGCUAGCCGAAAACCACAUAUCCCAGCAGGCGGUUCUUGAUGCCGUCGAGUCCGGGUCGCUGAGCCAGCUUCCCGACGUGCAAAACGCCGUCUUCACAGCCGCCACCCGGGCCAACGACCAUCUGCUCACUGCCCGGAGCAUUUUUGAAGAGCUCAAGCAGUCCGUGGGCGUGCCCCAGUCGCUGCUUUUAACCGCCAUGUCGGCGCUGCCGGUCAGCCUGUAUCUUGAGCGGUUGGAAAAAGUCAACUUCAACGUGGAAAAGGCCCAUGGAGCAGAAUGGAAGCUGCCGUACCGCUCGUGGAGAUCAUAUAAGACACGUAAGUUCUAA